AUGACUUCGGUACUGGAGGGACUUCUUCCUACCCGCCGUCGUCGGUCGAGAUCUCGGUCAGAGUCUGGGAAGCAACUACACGCUCGAUGGGGUGACAACGCUAUUACUGCUCCCAAUGGUAGUGGUUGGAGUCAGCAAUAUCUCGAGGAAGACCAAAUCCAUGCCGCCUAUCAGGCUCAUGGAAGUCCCGAUAGUCAAAAGACUUUGGUCAACAACUCUCCAGAAUUGGGGCAUGAUUCCAUCAGGACAAAGAUCGAGAAUAUCCUCCAAGCCGUCGAGGACCAGAAAUUUGCUGGUGUCCCUGUCAUCAAGGAGGUUGAUGGCCAAAUCACCAUAACCUUCUCCCUCGGGCCCUCCGCUCAACAACCGCAACAAUCACAUCAACAAAGGAGGCCAUCUGCAGAGAACAUUUAUCCUUCUUAUACCUAUCCCACACCUGCCCAGUCGGAACGCGCCCCCAACACCGAGACACGCCAUUUGUUCCCACCAAUUUCGACCAAUAUUGAUGAAGUUAUCACGGUCGAAGCCCGCGAUCUCGUGGAUCCAUAUCGGACGACGUCUCCAAUCGUACACACUCAAUCUCCUGUUUAUGACGAUGUCUCUACCUUCUUCACAAGGGCAGCCUUUCCUGAGAAAUCUUUUGGUCCUGUUCGGUUACCUCACAUCCAGACAAAUGUCCCCCAAAACAAAUCACAACCAGCCUCUGCCAUUUCGGUCUCAGUGUUGAGCCCCGUGCAAGAGAAAUAUAAUGAACUGAGCGAAUCCACCGGCAAUACACCGUUGGAUAAUACCCCAAUUGCUGCUCGAAUUGCCGCUUCUAUUCCAAGAGCCCCCUCCAUUGCCGAUGAGCUUGCGGAUCUGGAGACUUUAACCCAGCGCCUAGAGAAGUUCAGAGAUCCCGCAUCUUCUCCACCCUCUCGAAUCACAAGUCCCAUCGAUACUUCAGAUUCUGAUUUCGACAACCCCUUUCCUCGAAGUAGGGGUCCAUCACGCUCUGCGUCACGGGGCCCGGGCAUCUCCCGUCCUUCCUCGCGAGGACCAGGUAUUGGCGAAGUAGCAUACAUGCGAGCUUCAUCUCGGGGUCCUGCUGAUCAGCCACGGAGCGAGUCCAGGAGUGGAAUGGAAGGCCGACGCUCUGCUUCUCGAGAGACCUCUCGACGAGCUCAAUCGGUGGAGCCUGUCCUUCGAAGCCACUCGGUGGAACCUAUCAAACGGGCAAUGAGUCGUGAACCCGCCCAUCGCAGGUCUGAAUCAAGGGGAGGUGACGACGAUGAUCGCCGACCUUCUCGGUCUCGCUCCCGCAACCCAAAACCACGCAGAUCUGAAUCUGUUGGGGACCAAAAUUACCGACGAGCCGAUUCAGUGGAGAGGAGUUUCCGCCACGUGGAAAUUCUUGACCCAGCUGCCGACCGCGGCCCACGCGAUGCAACACCCAUUGGAUAUGCGAGAUCCAUGACUUCUGCUACUGCAUAUCACAAACGAGCCAUGUCUCGUGAUCAAUUUGACCUAGGGCGGCGAACGGCCUCGCCAUCAGCCACGAGCCGGAGGGCCGCCUCGCGUGGUGCCGGCGACAAACGACGCUUGUCUGGGGACUUCUCACGUCGAGCCGUGUCGGUCGACCCGAUCCGACGGCACGCCACUCCGCAAGAAGACUUCACCCCGAUUUCCCGACGUGGGACACCACUGGCCUUCCAAAACGGCCGGUUCGUCCCACUGGAGAAUCCGGCAUCGGACUCCAGUGCAGACGAGCACGACCCAGAUCGGUCCCCGACGUCAGGCGACGACACGGGCAUAGACACCGACGCAACCGACAUCGAAACCGAAACCGACGACGCAUACUACGAGUCUCGCAAGGAGUGGAACGGCCGUGCCGCCAACGGCGCCGACGGCAAGGGCUACUACGGCGACGUGGCCAACGAAUACAAGGCCAUCGCGAAAGAUGUGGAAGCGGACCAGGCCGCCGUCACGGCCGGUGGCAAGAUCGAGAAGCAAGUCGGCGGGAUCAAUAUCGGAGGGCUGAAGCUCAACAUCACGAAAGUCACAAUGGACAAGUCGGACAAGGAGAGGGACAAAGAGUGGAAGAAGAACAACACUGUCAAGAAGCAUUAUGCUGGCCCAGAUCUUGUGCCCAGUGAGGAGGAGGUCUGGGGGUAA